GUGUCAGCUCUGCCCUGAGGGUGGUGCAGAGAGCACAUCGAGAGGUGUGUGUUUGCGUAUGUAUUUUCUUUCUUUACAGCUCCUUUAACACGCAGGCUGUAGCAAGGGCAUGAGAGUUGCACCUGCUUUUGCAAAAGGAAGCAGCUUGGAGAAUGGCAGCUUUAGAGCAUCUUCGAGGGACCCAGACACUCUUCUGUCUCUCUUUCUUCCUCAUGCCUCUUCCAACCUUUGAGAGAACCUAGAUUUUUCCCCCCUGCCUGAAGGAUGGAUUUCCUGGCAAAUCGCAGCUUUAGCGCAAACAACUCCAUGCUAAAUAUUUCUAACCCAGGACAAAACUUUUCCUACAACGGUGAUGCUCUCCACCCCUUGAGCUAUUCUGCCUUUAUCAUGCCCACCCUCUUUGGCAUCAUUUGCCUCCUGGGCAUCGUCGGCAACAGCCUGGUGAUCUGCACUGUCUUUAAGAAGCCCAGCCCCAGCAGCAGUGUGCCGGACAUCUUCAUUGUCAAUCUUUCCAUGGUGGACCUCCUCUUCCUCCUUGGCAUGCCCUUCCUCAUUCACCAGCUGUUGGGCAAUGGAGCCUGGCAGUUUGGGGAGACCAUGUGCACCAUCAUCACCGCCUUGGAUGCCAACAGCCAGUUCACCAGCACCUACAUCCUCACGGCCAUGUCCCUGGACCGCUAUUUGGCCACCGUGUAUCCUUUCGCCUCUGCUCGCUUCAGGAAGCCCCCAAUUGCCAUCUCGGUCAUCUUUAUACUCUGGGCCUUCUCCUUCCUCAGCAUCACUCCUGUCUGGAUGUACACAGAGCUCAUCUCCCUGCCAGGAGGACUUCUCGGCUGCGGGAUUAGCCUGCCGGACCCUCAGCGAGACAUCUACUGGUAUACACUUUACCAAUUCUUCUUGGCUUUUGCCAUCCCUUUUGCCCUCAUCACAGUGGCCUACAGAAGGAUAUUGUUGAAGAUGGCAAAGUCUUCACAAGCGCUGACCGGUCAGAGAUGUAACAGCCUCCGGACCAAAAGAGUCACGCGGGUUGCCAUCGCCAUCUGCCUGACUUUCUUUGUUUGCUGGGCCCCCUUCCAUGCUCUACAGCUAGUCCAGCUGGCCAUGCAGCAACCCACCUUUGCUUUCUAUUAUGCCUACAAUGUGGCCAUCAGCUUGGGCUAUGCCAACAGCUGCUUGAAUCCGUUCAUUUACAUCUUGCUAGGACAGAGGUUCCCCAGGAGGAUCGUUGUCUCUGUGAGGCCAGUAGAUGUCAGAGAGGAUCCCUCACAAAACAGGGUCAAAAGUCCUCGAGGGGAAGCCAGUGAAUCUGGGCAGCCCCUGUUGCACUUGGUCUCCGUUGGAGCCAGAUGAAGAUGACAGAGGGGUGCAUACGCUGUGCAUGCUUCGGUUAGUUUGCCGCAGGAAUGAACAGUCCACCAAUCGUUGUGUUGAACUUCCUAGCUCUGAAUGAAGGCAGAUAUGAGCAGAUGCAGCCGAGGCAAAUCUAUGAGAUGAGCUCUGGCUCAGUCCAAGCAAGUGGGCACCAUGGAGAUGCCGCCAUAAUUUGCAGAGCAAUGGCAAAACAAACAGAAGUGGAGAAAGAACCUUUCACAAAGGCUUAAAUAGGAAACAAAGCAAGUGUCUGGAUUAAGCAACUAUUCAGUGACAGAGUAGAUUUCCCCUGACAUUAUGUCCAGUCAUGUCUGACUCUAGAGGUUGGUGAUCAUCUCCAUUUCUAAGCUGGAGAGCCGCCGUUGUCUAUAGACACCCCCCAAGGUCAUGUGGCCGGCAUGACUGCAUGGAGCGCUGUUACACAUUACUCCUCAACAAACUUGCAUAUGUUCUUGACCUGUUUAGAUUCCAGACCUUCAUGGGAGCUGGAUGUUUUGUCUUUUUCCUUCCUCAGUUUUGUUAAUUCUGACUGCUUGCUUCUAGUGAUUGACCUCAAAACAUUUGAAGUCUUGGUCCUACAUUUCCAUUCACUUCCCUGGGACUGCCGCGCUCUACUAAAGCCACACUUUCCUGGCCCUUGCUGCUUCUCCACACAGGGUACCUGUAUUUGCAUUCAUGGAGGAUCAAAGUAUUUCUUUGCAUAGUGGAAUUUGUUCAGAAAAUAUCCAGCGAUGUCAACCAAAAUGAAUGGAUUUACAGGCUCCAGUCCAGCAUACCUGUCCAAACGUAUCUCCUUCUAUGUCCCACCUGGGAGUUUAAGAUCUUCUGGGGAGGCCUUGUUCUUGGCACCGCCUGUUUCAAACAUGCUUAGUGGGGACAAGGCACAGGGCCUUCUUGGUGGUGGCCCCCCGCCUGCGGAAUUCACUCCCCGGGGAAAUUAGGUCAUCUUCAUCCUUCCUCACCUUUAGAAAGAAGGUAAAAAUGUGGAUGUGGGACCAGGCCUUUGGGUAGCGGAAAAUGACAAUGGCAAUGUUGACAAUGGCUUUGAAAUGGAUUAUGGAUAAGUUAAAUUGAGUACUCAAUCACAGAAUUCAGCUAGAUAAUGGCCACCAGAUUGGCAAUUGUUAGUAGAUUUUAAGUGUAUUGUUUUAAUGUUUUUAACUAUUAUAAUUAUUGGUUGUUUGUAUUUUAUUAUGAGGCACCGAAUUGUUGCCGACCGGAAGCCGCCCUGAGUCCCCCUUAGGGGGUUGAGAAAGGCGGGGUACAAGUAUUCGGAAUAAAUAAAUAAAUAAAUAAUAAAGGGGGGUGAGACGGGUUUGUGGAUUUCACCAUCAACUAGUCAUGAUGCCUAUGUGUUACCGCCACCAUACCGUUUUUUCUCAGCAUCAGCAGAUGGAGAACGAAAACAUGAGCAGACUCUUGCAGUCAAGACUUGCUUGGACCAUUCCCAGAAGAACCCAGUUGGCCGUUGAAGGAACUGAAUGCAAUAUUGGACACAAGCCUGAUCCAGAAUAAGCUCUUCUUAUUUGGGUGAUCUUGGAAAUUUUGUUCAUUUAUUGCCAUGUGGCAAGAACCUGGCAGAAGAACUAGGAACAGGAAGAUCCGAAAAAGAAAAUUCUCCCAAAAAUCGAGUUGGAGAAAGCUAUGUUAGAAAUUGUAUGAGAUUGUAAACCAGGCAUGGGCAAA